UUAUGUUAUUAUGUUGUGUGUCUGUGUGUGUGUGUGUGCAGCGGUGGACAGACUGUGUCGUUGUGGUGCAGGCAGCAGGUCUGGUGUAUGGUUGCAGCUCUACAGGCCCAGUGCUGCUGCAGGUUGUCCGGUAGGGUGCCUGCCUGCAGAGCUACCAGCAUGCUGUUGAUGUCAGGAGGAGCAGAGAGGAGGGGAACGUGAGGAAUGGCUGAACACACUGUCGGUGUGCUCUCUCUCUCUCUCUCCUUGUCCUGUACGGAAACUAAACCCUGAUAGUCCGGUGUGUCUAACUGAACGGAUCAGCCUAGUUACUUAGCGACGCAUUUAGCAGGCGGUGUUUCUUGCUUAUUUUAUUUAAUGGGACAACGAAAACGCAAAAAAAAAACGCAAGGUAGGCUACCGCUCCUGUCGCCAGCCCUGCUACUUUAUUUUCAUGGACUAAUACGACACACGGAGAGGAGUUAGAGGUUGAGAAAUGUUUCACGGAGAGGUACAACACUCGUCUUCUUCGAGGGUAACGUCUGGCUGUUGACGCUAGCUUCAACCGUCGUUAACGGUUACGUUUUAUCGGUUGAAAAAGCGACGGUUAGGCGACGGUUAGUUGACGGUUAGUUCUUCAUCUCUUCAUGCCUACCAACCGUCCAACCACAUGAGAGAAGAAGUCGACGUUAAUCUUCAUUAAACCACUAAAACCUUAUUUUUUAUCGCUUCCUUCCACCUGAAACCCGACGAGGAGGAGAAGAUGCGUGUGGAUUUGUUUUGGAUGUGUUUGUUGUGGUGUUUCCUUCGUCCCGGUGCCGCCGGUCAAGGGCAGCAGCAGCAGCAGCAGCAGCAGACGGCCGUGUGUUCGUCCUCAUGCAGCUGUGAUGAAGAUGGAGGUGCAGACUGCUCCGGGAGGGCUCUGACCACCGUCCCCACCGGGCUCCGGGCUUUCACCUACUACCUUGACCUGAGCAUGAACAACAUCACGGAGCUUCCAGCAUUUGUAUUCAAGAACUUCCCCUAUCUAGAAGAACUACGACUUGCGGGGAAUGACCUGUCAUUCAUCCACCCUGAAGCCCUGUCUGGACUUCAUCAGCUCAAAGUCCUGAUGCUCCAGAAUAAUCAACUGAAGACUGUACCCAGUGCAGCCCUGAAGAACCUUCAAUCUCUCCAGUCUCUUCGCCUUGAUGCGAACCACAUCACCACGGUUCCAGACGACAGUUUCGAAGGCCUUCAGCAGCUACGCCACCUCUGGUUGGAUGACAAUAACCUGACGGAGGUUCCCGUCAGUUCUCUGAGACACCAGACGAACCUUCAGGCUCUGACGUUGGCGCUCAACCGCAUCUCGUUCAUACCAGACAAUGCCUUCGCGAACCUCACCAGUCUAGUUGUGCUAGAUCUGAACUUCAACAACCUGAUGUUUUUUCCCAAAGCGAUAGAGGCCCUGCCCAAACUCAAGGAACUCGGGUUUCACAGCAACGAUAUUGCUUCCAUACCUGAAGGGGCCUUCCAUAACAACCCCCUGCUGCGAACCAUACAUCUCUAUGACAAUCCUCUGUCCUUCGUGGGCGCCUCGGCUUUCCAGAAUCUGUCUGACCUGCACUCCCUGAUGCUGCGUGGGGCCAGCAUGAUGCAGGACUUCCCCAUCCUUACGUGGACUAAUAACCUUGAGAGUCUGACUCUGUCAGGAACCCAGAUAUCGUCCAUCCCUGCUGAACUGUGUGAGGACCUCAAAUUGCUUCGGACGCUAGACCUGUCCUACAAUGAGAUCAAGGAGCUCCCGUCCCUCCAGGGCUGUGUCCGACUGCAGGAGAUAAGCUUUCAGCAUAACCAUAUUCAACAAAUUGACAGGGACACUUUCCAGGGUCUCUCUGCACUCCGUCUACUAGACCUGAGUAGAAAUGAAAUCCGAGUUAUCCACAGAGAUGCUUUCCUCUCCCUCACUGCACUCACCAACCUAGAUCUGAGUAUGAACUCUCUGACUGUGAUUCCAACAACUGGACUGAGCGCGCUCAGUCAGUUGAAACUCUCAGGGAACCCGCAGAUGAAAAAUGUGCUGACUGCAAAAAACCUGCCCAAACUCAGGUCCAUCUCUGUCCCGUACGCCUACCAGUGCUGUGCAUUCGUUGGAUGUGACUCAAUUACAAGUUCUUCUGAGGAAAAUGACGUAAAGAAAUCGACAGGUGGAGAGGAUGUGGAAAGAAUCUCAAUGAUUAUGCAUUGCUCUCCAUCACCAGGAGCCUUCAAGCCUUGUGAGCACUUGCUGGGUAACUGGAUGAUUCGUCUGACGGUCUGGUUCAUCUGUCUGGUGUCGCUGGUCUUCAACAGCCUCGUGCUGGUGGCCACCUUCUCCCCCACGCACCGAGCCACGGGCCAUUCCCACUCCCUUACUCCGUCGCUUUCCCCAGCUCGGCUGCUGAUGGGGCUACUGGCCCUGGCCAACCUGCUCACGGGCCUUUACGUCGGCGUGCUGACCGUGCUCGACGUCGCCACCUGGGGCUCGUUCGCCGAGUUUGGCGUGUGGUGGGAGAUGGGGCCCGGCUGUCAGGUCACGGGAGCUCUGGCAGUCUUCUCGUCAGAGUGGGCGGUCUUGUUACUCUCGCUGGCAGCCGUGGAGCGCAGCGUGGCUGUGCGGACGAUUCUCGGGAAGGUAAUGAUGUCACCCAGGAGGAACGGCGGCAGCCACCGCAGAUGCUGGAGAGGAGAUCGUACCUUUGGCCUUGCUGCCGGACUACUGGGGCUGCUGGCUGCUGCUGGAGCCUGCCUGCCUCUCCUGACCUCCAGCGACCAGUCUGCCUCUCCUCUCUGCCUGCCCUUCGCUGGCGGAGAGAGUCCAGCUCUGAGUGUCACAGUUGUUCUGGUGCUGCUCAACGCACUGGCGUACCUGUUCACUGCAGCGGUGUACACCCAGCUGUACUGCCACCUAGGCAGGGUGGAGCUGGCAGAUCCGGAGCAGACCGGUGCCCUGCGGCACGUAGCCUGGCUCAUCUUCACCAACUGCAUCUUCUUCUGCCCCGUGGCGGCUUUUUCCUUCGCCCCUCUCUUGACGGGCUCUACAGCCGGCGGCCCAGAGAUCGCCAAGUCCGUCACUCUCAUUUUCUUCCCGCUGCCUGCGUGCCUGAACCCAGUGCUGUAUGUGUUCUUCAGCCCGGCCUUCAGGGAGGACUGGCUGAGGCUACGCGGAGGAUUGACCAGGGAGGUGAAGGCCGGCGCCGAAAGUCACGGAGACGACGGCGGCGGUGGGUCGGAGCUCACAGACGGUGGCUCCUCCACCCACCUGGGCUUUGACUGCGGGAUGUACUCGCAGCUUUGUGGAGAGACAGUUGUAUGCGAGCAGUGCGAGGCUGCGCUGCAUGCCAGGACCUGCUCUUCUCCCUCGUCCUCCUCAGUCUGUAGACACUUGGUGAAGUCUCACAGCUGUCCCACCCUCCUGGCGGGAGCUGCAGUGUGCCAGCGUGCCGAAGGGUUUUGGGCAGACAGCGGCACACCCUCCGCUCAGUCCGAGUACGCGGACGAGGGGGACUCGUUUGUGUCGGACAGUUCGGACCAGGUUCAGGCCUGUGGCAGAGCCUGCUUCUGUCAGAGCAGAGGCCUUCCUCUGGUACACUACUCAUACAACAUACCUCGAGUCAAGGACUAAGGACGCCUCAGAAGCUCCAGUACGUCUGUGUGCACAGAUCUCUCUGUCAUGUGAAUUUAGAUGCUACAAGAAUAUAUAAACAAUUUUUAUAUCAAAACAACAAAAUGUGCCAACUACCCUGCUAAAAAGACUAUUCAGCAAGCACUUAUGUUUGUAAUUACUGUGGAAACAGAGAUGCAACCAAUCAUUUAAAGGGAACUUGGUAUGCUUAUGGAAACUUGGAGACCAUUUCUACGUGAGCUGAACUGAGCACAUCAUUUUAUAAACUGGUCAAGAAAGGAUCUCGCAAAGGAAGAUCUCGCCACCAGUGCCUGCCGCUUUGCUUUUUGAUUGGAUUUCACGAUGUUGCGAGCCUCAAUGUAUGUGUCAAAGACUUCUCUGUUUUACCUGUGCUUAUAAGCUUUUUUCAAUUUUAAUUGUUACACAUCUUGUCAAUUUUUAAAGCUUCUCCACAGCAACUGUUGAUUUUAUACUUUGAUUUUUUUUUUUUUUUUUUACAUAAAUGUAGCAAAUUGAAUAAUCAUCCUAGACUUUUCUGCGUGAAUGUAACUUUCAGGUGGUCUUCACCUGCCAGAGGGGGAUAAUGUAACGUCAGCAAUAACGUCUGCCCUGCCUGCCCGUGAUCGUAAUCUGAGAAUGGUAUCAGUAAAUGCCAGUCUGUAAUAAACAUGUCUUUGCUUUAAGUUA